UUUUAGUUAAUAUCUCAUUAAGUAUUUCCCUUAUUACUUUUUAUGCAGGCAAGAAGCUCAGUAAAAGACUCCUAGCCCAAGUCCGGUCAAGUAAUCUCCCUUCUACUCCUGCUUCCAAAAAAUUACGAAGGGUAGGAGAAGGGAAUCAUGGUACAUCCGCAAGCCCUGGAGUGUUAUCAGGUCCUACUCUUGUACCUCUAGGUUUCAGCGGAUUUGGUGGGGUUCCUACUAGUUUCGAAAGUUUUUGUUCAGUAUCAACCAACCAAGCCUUUUCCCACGGGGAAUCGAUUCUCGAUGACGCUAAUGUCGCGAAUGACAGGUUACAUAAAAUGGUAGUAAAAGACGACACUGCCAGAUUGCAGAGUCUGUCAGCAUCUGAGCUUUCAAAGAAAUUUCUUCAUCUAAUCAGCCAGGGCACUACAUACUCUGUUGUUAUCGCCAAAGAAUACGAGAAGCUUUCCUUAGAGAUGGCUUCCCUCAAGGCUAAAUAUGAAGAUGUUACUUCUACACUUAAAAUAAAAGAAGAUGACUUGACUAAUGCAAAAUUAAACUUUCAAGAUGAGAAAGUGAAACUUACCAAAGAAUACUCUGAUAAGCUGGAAUUCGAGAAGCUAGCUGCUGUGGAGAGUUUUAAAAAUUCUGAUGAAUUCAAGGUGCUCAUAGGCAAGGCUUGCUGUGAUGGUUUUGACCGGUUCAAAGCUCUUGUCGGCAAAGAUCGUCCAGACAUAGACUUUUCUAGGUAUGACGUUCUAAGUGAGAGCGAAGAGGAAGAUUGAAUUCCAUAG